AUGGAAAUUUUUGGUGACGAAUACAUCAUCGAAUGGAACGGUGAAAAUAUAGUUAUGGAGACUAAUCUCUUUUCAUUAACAACGAAAUUUCAUUAUCAAAAUCAAGAGACAAUAUUAGCAGAAUUUCGUCGAUGUCGGAUUCCAUUUAAUUGGACGAAUAGAUACGAUUUAGAAAUAUUUUCGAAGCAAGUACCUCAUCCAGUGUAUCUUUUAGCAUUAGCAGCUAGAGAUCACGAUAUUUCUCAAUCGUCAACAAGUUCAAGAUCAUCAAGAAACAUGAAAUACGACUGGAACUUUUGGUUUUCCGAUUUUUUUAUGUUCAAUUUAUUAUUUUAA